GUCAGGGGUUGAAUUUCAGUCUAUGGUCCCGUUCCUCUGUUCAUAUACCUAGAAUAUCGUGAGUACAUUACACGGGUGUCGCGCAGAGUUGUUCCUUCGCGAUAUACCAACAGCGGACUCCAUGUCUAUCGUUAUCGCGUCGGUAGCGCCAUAAGCUCCCAAGCUCCCCCCAACUCCACAGACCCAUCGUAGCUUCCGUCCACGUCCCUUUGGACGCCGUGCCGCAAAGAUGCCGACCUCGAUGCCGACCCCCUCGAUUCGCAUACCAAUGGAGCUUCUGACUCCAACUGCUUUCGCGCAGUUCGGUGCUGUCAUCGAGAACCCGACCACUUCGCCGUCCGCAAAGCUGCCCAUCCCGCAACGCGUACCACCGCCGGACGCCGUCGCCGCCAACCAGGGCUCGGCCACCAAGUACCUCGAUGUCACACACAUGUCGAAUCUGUACAGCCUUGCGCCGAGCAAGAAACCUGCCAAGGCAGUAAUGAACAUGUUUGUUUGUUCGCCGCGGAACCUCCGGCCACACGAGCCGAGCAUGAGCAUGCCCAGCUCGUGGGGAGACCUGGACCUAGAUGAGGAUGAGGAAGGAUGCGGGGACUUCCAAAGGCAGCUACUGGACGUUACAAUUCUCGAAAGACAUCCGUUCACCACGCAGACAUUCAUACCAAUGGGCUUGUCGCAGCAGGAAAGGCAUACACAGUAUCUUGUCAUAGUGGCUCCAACACUGCCGGCAAGCGCGUCAAGAAGGCACACAGGCAGAGCGCCGCCAUAUCCUACACCCCACAUCGAACGGAAAAGGAGUGUCAUGGACAUCUUCGCGCGCGCGAGGCCGAGCCCGUAUUCGAACGAGACUGUGCCUACCCAGAGCCAAUUCUCACGACUGCACCCGUCAGCGCGACCCAAGGGACCUGGCUUGCCAGACCUCAAAAAUCUUCGAGCCUUUGUUGCGAACGGCAGUCAAGCAGUGACAUACGGGGCUGGGACAUGGCAUGCGCCGAUGAUUGUGAUUGGGGACCGGCCGAUCGACUUUGUGGUCGUACAGUUUGCGAACGAAGUCGGCAAUGAAGACUGUCAGGAGAUCGUGCUGAAGCCAGACCAAACCGCUUCCGAGGGGGUUGUGGUUAUGGUAGAUACCGAUUCUGCUGGAGCUGUGCAAGUCAAGGCUGGGGUUGGCUCUGUGAAGGCUAAACUAUGAUGCUCCUGCUCAAUUCCCUCCCUCCCGAUGGGCUUACCUGCUCUGAUUUUGACCUGAUACUAUACUAUAAUGCAAGCGUUGAUGAGAAUGCAGAGGUUUCGGAGAAGACAACGACUGUAGCAUGAACACGUCUCUAACAUAUGAAUGGCCAGGCUUAGGGUUUCCAACAAAUUCUUAACUCCGACAAGCUUUUCAGUUAUCGCAAUCGUACCUCUGAUAGCUGUU